CGCCAAACCCAACACAACCAUCGCGCAAGCAUGAGAUAAAAUAGGAACCGGAGUUUUCCAGCCACUUUAUAUGCACGGUCGCCGCUACCACCGCUACCCCAUGAUCUAGUGCUCCUGCGUCGAGCCGUACACGCCAUCGUGCCUCGCUAAUCCACUCGUCAGUUACCAAGGAAGGAGCAAGAAGGCAAGGGCCUGUGCAGGGAGAAGAUGCAGGAGGCGUCGUCGUCGUCGUCUCCUCUCCCGGCGCUCAGCAACGGCUACCAGCCGCUCCCGUCGCUCUACCUGGGGUUCCUGGCCAUAUGGGCGGCCUCCGGCUUCUCAUGGGCAUUCAGCUCCUGGAGGAACCGCCAUUUCCAGGUAAAUAACCUGCAGUGGAUCCUGGCUCUGGUCCCAUUGAUCAAGGCGCUCCAAAUGGCGCUCUCAUUCCUGUUCUGGUACUCGUGCGUGCACCUCCAGACGUGCUCGCUGUGGAUGUCGUUUGGCGCGUACGUGACGGGGAUCCUCUUCCAGACGGCCUCCUUCGUCUCCUUCAUGCUCAUCUCCCACGGCUACUGCAUCAUGUGCGAGCGCCUGUCCAUCAGGGAGAGGCGAACCACCGCCGUUCUGGGGUGCCUGCUGUACCUGAGCCUCAUCGGCUACAAGGCUGCAGUCCCUUAUUUCACGGUCUUUCUGCUGAUCAACUAUUUCGCGUCAUUUUACAUCAUAUUCCGGCGCACGUCCCAGAAUCUGAUAGUCCUGCAGGAGCAGCUGAGCUUCAUAGAGGAGGAGGACAUCCAUUCAUUGCACGGCACUCUGAACACAAAGUACACAAUGUUCAAGAGAUUUCAGGGUACGAUGCAGGUGGCAGCAGUGGCAUUCAUCAUGGUGUACAUGAGGGCUGACGACACGCCGGAUAACUACUGGUUUCGCGUGUUAGUGCGUGAGUGGGUGCAGUUCUGCAUCUUCAUGUACAUUGGGUGGAACUUCAGAAUCCCUGAAGCAUCGCUUCAUCUGCCGGUCAUACCCCUUAUGAAAUCAGCAUGGGAGAUCGCCAUGCCUCCUAUUUACAGUGUGGAGAUGGACGCAGCCGAUUUCAAAGGCCUCGUCUCAGAUCAAUGGCAUGUCGGAGUGAGGACUGGUUCAGGUUGUUCUGCCCAGCCGCUACUGGUGCUGGUUCAGAACCCUAGCCAACGGCUUCUCCUUCCGGUAGAGCCCCAAAGUUUCAGUUGGACAGGGAGAACCAGGUCUAGAUCGACCAAUUAAAAGAUUACAAAGCUGGCACAACAGUUGAGUUGGACAGAGUUCUUGGGAAAGAACUGACAGUUUCCAUGGACGAUGGACCAACAGUCAGAGAUUCACACCUUCAAGGCUUCAACAAUGAACCUUAGAGUUCCGUUUUUUUCCCGGUUCGAAAAACAGGAAAUUGUACAUAUAUAGAAAUGGAGAACAUAUGGUUUAGGCUGGAUCAAAAGCAAUCUUGUGUGCCAGGGUCAUAGUGCACGACAGAUCGACAGGAAGGACGAUCUUCCUGGAAAUUGCGGCUGGAAUAAGUUUCGAGUUUGUCAAUGCGAAGCUAAAGACUGGAAAUCGUGUCUGCACAAACUAAUGAAAGUUGUUUUCCUGCGGUAAUAUGGCCAGAAUCAGUUAGAACUACGAUUUGUUUAA